UGGACUGAAUUUUUCAUGGAUCUUUUAUCCUUACCCGGACUGAUAUUAUUGCUGGUAUGUGCCUUUAUAAGCCCAAAGACUGACGAAGAUGACUGCAAAAACAUCUACGAUGGUCUUCAUCAGCCUGUGUCGGAUUGGGAUGCUAGUGCUACUCCUUUUGCCAAUGCAGGAUUCAUGAGUAAAAUGUCAUUCUGGUGGUUGAAUUCUCUGAUGAGAAAGGGCUGUGAGAGACCUCUAGAAGAGAAAGACAUGCCAUUGUUGCAUGAGCCUGACAGAGCGGAGAGUUGCUACAAUGUAUUUGUGGAGCAAUGGAAUAAGCAGAAACAAAAUAAACCGUCGGCUUCACCAAAUUUCUUAUGGACAAUAGUCUCUUGCCAUAAACAAGAUAUAUUAAUGUCAGCUUUCUUUGCUUUACUGACGAUACUCAGUAGUUUUGCAGGCCCUGUUUUGCUUAAAGACUUCAUCAAUGUGGCAUCAGGGAAUCGAUCUUUCAAGUAUGAAGGUUAUCUGUUGGCCUUGGUGUUGUUCAUUGCGAAGUGUUUGGAAUGUCUAUCUCAAAGACAAUGGUAUUUCAGAACAACAUUGUUAGGAUUAAAGGUGAGAUCAUUGCUAACUGCCGUUAUAUAUCAGAAGCAAUUCAGACUGUCAAAUUCUGCAAAAUUGAUCCAUUCAUCGGGCAAGAUCAUGAAUUAUGUAACUGUCGAUGCUUAUAGGAUUGGAGAAUUCCUGGUAUGGUUCCAUCACACAUGGACGGCAGGCCUCCAGCUCUGUAUUGCUUUGAUAAUUCUCUAUAAUGCAGUGGGUCUUGCGAUGAUUGUGGCUUUCUCUGUCGUUGUACUCACUGUGCUUUGCAAUGCUCCGCUUGCCAAGCAGCAACACAAGUUUCAGACAAAACUCAUGGAAGCAGAGGAUGAGAGGUUGAAGGCCAUGACAGAGGCUCUGAUGAAUAUGAAAGUUCUGAAGCUUUACGCAUGGGAUGCUCAUUUCAAGAAAGUUAUUGAAUGUAUAAGAUCAGUGGAAUGUAAUUGGCUUUCUGCAUUUCAGCUCAGAAGAGCAUAUACUACUUUUCUCUUUUGGUCUUCUCCAAUAUGGGCUUCAGGUGCAACUUUUUUAAGUUGUUAUCUUAUGCAUGUUCCUCUUAAUGCCAAGAACGUGUUUACUUUUGUCGCCACAUUGCGUCUUGUUCAAAAUCCAGUGAAAUCAGUUCCCGAUGUUAUCAGAGUUGUGAUUCAGGCAAAGGUUGCAUUUUCCAGAAUUGUCAGAUUUCUUAAUGCUCCUGAACUGCAGGAUGAACAUGAAAACAGGAAUUGUGCUUCAGAACUACAGCAACCGAUAAUCAUCAAUUCGUGUGGGUUUUCUUGGGAUGGCAACGUGUCAAAACAAACACUUAGAAAUAUAAACUUAGAAGUUCAUCCGAGGGAGAAGGUUGCAAUAUGCGGUGAGGUUGGUGCAGGGAAAUCGACUCUAUUAGCAGCAAUUCUUGGUGAGAUUCCAAAAGUAGAAGGCACUAUUAAUAUUAGUGGAAAAGUAGCAUAUGUUUCUCAGUGUGCAUGGAUCCAAACAGGAACUGUUCAAGACAAUAUCUUGUUUGGGUCACCAAUGGACAAUCAAAGAUACAAAGAAACAAUUGAGAAGUGUUCUUUAGUCAAGGACAUUGAGAUGCUACCAUUUGGUGAUCUCACUGAGAUUGGAGAAAGAGGGGUGAAUUUAAGUGGUGGCCAAAAACAGAGGAUUCAGCUCGCCCGAGCCUUAUACCAAGACGCAGAUAUAUAUCUCUUGGAUGAUCCAUUCAGUGCGGUUGAUGCUCAUACUGCUACCAGUUUAUUCAAUGAUUAUGUUAUGGGUGCUUUGUCAACAAAGACUGUUCUACUUGUUACUCACCAAGUUGAUUUCCUUCCUGCAGUUAACUGUAUCUUGCUGUUAUCUGAUGGAAAGAUUCUUGGUGCUGCUCCUUACAAUGAACUAUUAGCUUCUAGCACAGAAUUUCAAGACCUGGUUAAUGCUCACACUGAAACAGUCGGUACUGAAAGGCUUGAAAAGGUUGCUUAUCGAGAAAGAAUUAGAAGUUCAUGGAGGAAAGUCAACCAUAGUUUCAACGGUGACCAGCAAAAUAAGGCAAAUGAAUCAAAAGUUGAUCAACUGAUUAAGAAGGAGGAGAGAGAAACUGGAGAUGCUGGAUGGAAGCCUUAUACCUUAUAUUUGAAUCAGAACAAAGGAUUUUUUUAUGUUUCACUCUCAGUUCUUUCUCAGAUAAUAUACAUAGCUGGACAAAUCUCACAGAAUUCAUUGAUGGCUGCCAAUGUUCAGAAACCUCAAGUUAGCACGUUGAGGCUGAUCUCAGUCUAUUUGGCAAUUGGGUUCAGUAUUUCAAUCUUUCUGUUCACCAGAUCAUUGUUCAUGGUAGUUCUUAGCGUCCAGUCAUCGAAAUCUUUGUUUUCUCAGCUAUUGAGUUCUCUCUUAAGGGCGCCUAUGUCAUUCUUUGACUCAACUCCUACGGGAAGGAUACUUAGUAGGGUCUCUUCAGAUUUGAGCAUUGUUGAUGUUGAUGUGCCGUUUACUCUUAUCUUGAGCAUCAGUGCCACCUUGAAUCUAUACUGCAACCUUGGUGUAUUAGCUGUAAUUACUCCACAAAUCUUGUUUGUUGUCAUACCGGUGAUCUGUGUUGCCAUUAUAUUACAGAAGUACUACUCUGCUUCUGCAAGAGAGUUGAUGAGAAUCUAUGGCACGACGAAGUCCCUUGUAGCCAAUCAUCUUGCUGAAUCUCUGUCAGGAGCCAUGACAAUAAGAGCGUUUAAAGAGGAGAAUAGAUUCUUUGCUAAAAGUUUGGAACUCAUUAACAAGAAUGCAAGUCCAUUCUUCCUUAAUUUUGCAUCAACUGAAUGGCUAAAUUUGCAUUUAGAAAUGAUGAGUGCAGCUGUUCUUUGUUCAUCAGCCCUUGUCAUGGCUUUACUUCCACCAGGGACAUUCUCUCCAGGCUUUAUUGGAAUGGCGUUGUCUUAUGGUCUCACAUUGAGCAGGGCCCUCCUGUCUGCUGUUCAAAGCCAAUGCACAGUUGCGAACAAAAUCAUAUCCGUUGAAAGACUAAAUCAAUACAUGCAUGUUUCAAGUGAGGCUCCAGAGGUCAUCGAUGGAAACCGGCCUGCACCUAAUUGGCCUUAUGCUGGUAGAGUAGAACUUCAUGAUCUCAAGAUAAGGUAUAGACCAGACUCCCCACUUGUGCUACAAGGGAUCAGUUGCACAUUUGAAGGAGGUCACAAGAUUGGAAUUGUUGGCAGGACAGGAUGUGGCAAGACAACUCUCAUAGCUGCAUUGUUCAGGCUUGUAGAGCCAGCAGGUGGGAAGAUAGUAAUAGACGGGAUAGAUAUCUCGAGCAUUGGACUCCAUGAUUUGCGGUCUCGGUAUGGUAUCAUUCCUCAAGAUCCAACACUCUUCAAUGGCUCAGUGAGAUACAAUUUGGAUCCUUUAGGACAACACACAGAUACAGAGAUAUGGGAGGUUCUUGAUAAAUGCCAACUCCGAGAAGCUGUACAAGAGAAAGAAAAAGGCUUGGAUUCACUAGUUGUUGAAGAUGGUGCAAAUUGGAGCAUGGGGCAACGCCAGUUGUUCUGUUUAGGACGAGCACUAUUGAGGCAAAACCGAAUUCUUGUACUUGAUGAAGCCACGGCAUCGAUCGACAAUGCUACUGAUGCGAUCCUCCAAAAGACAAUUAGAACAGAGUUUGAACACUCCACUGUCAUUACAGUUGCUCAUAGAAUCCCUACGGUGAUGGACUGCACAAUGGUGCUUGCUAUUAGUGAUGGGAAAUUGGUGGAGUAUGAUGAACCAAUAAACCUAAUGAAGACAGAUGGAUCGCUAUUCGGAGAAUUAGUGAAGGAGUAUCAUGUCAAACUUUAA